AGUUCAAACACUUAGGACAAAACUUGUCUGCCAGUUCAAACACUCCUCCAUUCAUACAUGGCUACAUUUCAAUCAUGAACAGAUCACUUUGCAAAGCCAAAAGAAGAAGAAGAAGACGAAGACGAAGAAACCGUCAAACACGGGUUACAGAUGUAUCAGCUGAUCUAAACCUUUCUUAUGCACGCAAGGUACGUACAAGGAGGUGACAUAUGAUCACAAUGCUUUCCAUCAAUCUGAAUGUGUUCAUGACUCUUGUGCUGAUCGGCUUCCUAAGCCUCAGCCGUACUAGUGAAGCUGCCCCAAAUUACCGCUACCAUGUCUGUGAUAACACAACCAGUUUGGCUCCCAACAGCACCUACCAGUCAAACCUUAACCUCCUCCUCUCUUCUCUUACCUCCAAUGCAACCAUUGACACCGGAUACUACUACACUACCGCCGGCUCUGAAGAUUCCAACUCUGCAGUUUACGGUGCUUUUCUGUGUCGCGGCGAUCUCACAGCCAGCAAAUGCCAAGAUUGUGUUACUGCUGCGGCCAGAGAAGCAGUUCAAAUGUACUGCCCCUUAAGAAAAGUGACUCUGUUAUGGUACGAUGAGUGCAUGUUACGCUACACAAACGUGUCUUUCUUCCGUAAACUGGAUGAAAGCCCUAGGGGCUUUCUGUGGAACGUGGAGAAUGCUAGUGAACCAAACCGGUUUAGGCAACUGGUGGCUGAGACUGUCACUGGCCUAGUGUCCGUAGCUGCAAACGCACCUUCCCGUGCUAAAAAACUUGCAACCAAAGAAGAAAACUUUACUGGGUUUGAGGAGCUGUAUAGCCUUGCGCAGUGCACGCCUGACCUAUCAAGCACCGAUUGUGAUCAGUGUCUUAGAGGAGCUAUUGCACUUUUUCCGGCAUGCUGUGACGGAAAGCUAGGAGGAAGAGUUUUGUUUCCUAGUUGUAAUGUUAGAUAUGAGGUGUAUCCAUUUUAUACACUUGUUGCUGCCGCACCUCCGCCCACACCAGUUUUUCUUCCUCCUCCACCUAUUCAGCCUCCAGGCUCAGUGCCAAGAUCUCAUGGAAAUGAUGAACAAAUUUCAUCAUGGAUCGUAGUGGCGAUUGUUGUUCCAAUUGCACUAUUGCUUUUCUUGGUAGGCUGCCUUUUCCAUAGAAGAAGAGCGAAGAAAAAGUACAAUGUGAUACAAGAACAAAAUGUGGGGACGGAAAUAAAUGCUGUCGAGUCAUUGCAGUUUAGUUUUGCUACAAUUGAAGCAGCGACAAACAAGUUCUCUGUUCAUAACAAGCUAGGGAAGGGUGGCUUCGGUGAGGUCUACAAGGGCAUAUUUCCUGAUGGGCAACAAGUGGCCGUGAAGAGGUUGUCUAGGGGAUCCGGGCAAGGCGCUGAGGAGUUUAAGAAUGAGGUUGUUUUGGUAGCUAAGCUUCAGCACAGAAACUUAGUGAGGCUACUAGGAUUUUGCUCCGAAGGUCCAGAAAAGAUACUUGUUUACGAAUUUGUGCAGAACAAAAGCCUUGACCACUUUCUAUAUGACUCCGGGGAUCAAGUGAAAUUGGACUGGCCAAGCAGAUACAAGAUUAUCAACGGGAUUGCUCGAGGGAUUCUCUAUCUCCAUCAUGAUUCACGGCUUAAAAUCAUACAUCGUGAUCUUAAAGCGAGUAAUGUAUUGUUAGAUGGGGAAAUGAACCCAAAAAUUGCCGAUUUUGGUAUGGCAAGAAUAUUUAGAGUUGAUCAAACUCAAGGAAACACAAGAAGGGUUGUGGGAACGUAUGGUUAUAUUGCCCCAGAAUAUGCGAUGCAUGGACUGUUCUCUGUGAAGUCUGAUGUGUACAGUCUUGGUGUCUUGAUCUUAGAGAUUGUAACUGGCAAGAAGAACACUAAUUUCUAUAACUCAGACAACGGCGAAGACCUCUUGAGCCAUGUUUGGAGACAUUGGAGGGACGGGACACCGUUAGAAUUGCUGGACGUAAAUCUAAGAGAUUCAUAUUCAAGAAGUGAAGUAAUUAGAUGUAUCCAUAUUGGGUUACUCUGUGUUCAGGAAAAUCCAGAUGAUAGACCGAAAAUGCAAAAGAUACUUCUCAUGCUAAGCAGUUACUCUUUGAGUAUGCCAUCACCUCAAAAGCCAGCAUAUUUCCUGCACAGUAGGACAGAUCCGAACAUGCCAGCAAUGAAUUGUAGCUCAUCUGAUCAACCUGCUAGCAACUCAUUGUCAUUAUCUGUUAAUGAAGCAUCGAUUACUGAACUAUACCCUCGAUAGUAAAUCGAGCAAAGUGUGAUCAAUCUUCUAGGAUCGGAGUUCAAAAGUUUUGAGAUUUGUGUUGGUUUUGCUAGCCUUUUGGGCAUUGUAUUUUUAAUAGUGCUUGCUAGAAUAAAACUAAACUUUGCAAGUGCACUCAAAGUGUUUGAUCGGUUUGCAAAUUCCUAUAAAAACCUUUAUUAUGUUGCAAA